GAAAGGCUGUGAGGGCGGAGAGAGUCCAGACCUCUGCACAGGCUCCGGGCUGAGGAGAGGAUGUAGCGCUCAGAGAGAGAAGAGGAUCAUAGAGAAGGGCCGCUGGUGCAUGUUGUUUAAAUGGGAAAUCUGUUGGGCAGCUGGCGUUUCAAGGAGCCGAGCAACGUGGAGGAAUGCGACUCGACGUGGGGGUCGGGCUCCGACAGCGACGAGCCGGCGGCGGAGGAUGACAGCGGCAACUCCGACUCCGUCGGCCCGGGGGAGAGCGACCGGGCCGCCGCAGAGCCCGGAGACACGUCCCCGCAGCUGACGAACUCCCCAGAGUCUCUUCCAAAGAUGAAGAGGAGUUUCUAUGCUGCCAGGGACCUCUACAAAUACCGCCACAGCUACCCGAACUACAAAAGAUCGAGGCAACCCAACGAGUACCGUAACCUGCGCUUCUACCUGAACAAGAUCCCUCUAGUGCCUGAUGGUAUCUACAUAGAGGAGAUUCUGUCGAAGUGGAGAGGUGACUAUGAUAAACUGGAGCACAAUCACACCUACAUUCAGUGGCUGUUUCCAUUAAGAGAACAAGGGCUCAACUUCUACGCACAUGAACUGACUCAGGACGAGAUCAAAGAAUUCCAAAGCACUCGUGAAGCUAAGCGGAGGUUCCUGGCGGCCUAUUCCCUGAUGUUGGACUUCUAUGGCGUCAAACUGCUGGAUAAGAGCGGAAACGUCGCCCGGGCUCCCAAAUGGCAGGAGCGUUUCCAGCACCUUAAUGAGUCUCAGCACAACUACCUGCGGAUCACUCGCAUCCUGAAGUCCCUGGGUGAACUGGGCUAUGAGGCCUUCAAGGCUCCACUGGUCCGCCUCUUCCUGGAGGAGUCGCUGUGCCACAACACCCUUCCAAACAUGCAGCACAGCGUCCUGGAGUACUACGUCUACACAAUCCGCCUCCCUGCCACCCGCAGGCGCCUGCUUCGCUACGCCCGCCAGCACUACAAGCCUGCCCAUGCCUUCCUCUGGGGUCCGCCACCUAAAAGGCAAGGGGGAGGGGUUGGUACCGGAGGUAGCAUGGGUGCUGGGAGUAGUGGAAUCAGAGCACCAGCUCCAACACCCGAGCCACAGAGAAAAGAGGAGGACAGCACCUCCUCCACCUCUACAAGAAGCGGGAUCAUUGUGUCUUCCCAUGAUGCUGUGAUGUGCCAGGACCUGGCUGCAGCAGGCCUGAAGAGCUACACAGGACUCGGGUCUAAUAUGGCCAGACUGGAGGGGGCGCUAAUGUUGGCGGGAGCAAGAGGAGGGAGGAACGAGUAUAAUGAAGUUGUUCCUUAGUCUGGAAAAGCAUUUGAAUGCUAUCAGGUUUUUAAAGCAGAAAAACUGCAGUUUUUAAAAUCAACCAAUUCAAUACAAAGAACGUAGAACUUUAUUAAUAGCAGGUCCUGUAAGACUCUGAAAGCCAGGGUCAGGACAGUAAUACACAUUAGUAGUUACAACUAGGAAUCUAAUAAACAUGUUGUUCUAUUCAGUUUAAGGGCUACCAUAAACUAUGAUAUAACUUUAUUGCAGAUUAUUCAGUUUAGCUGUACUAGGGAUUAUAAUGUGGGGCAGGGGGCUUUGGGGAGGUGAAGAUAAGCAAUCUCACAUUGGACCAAAUCCCAAAUCAUCUGAGCCAGGAGAGAUCCAAACGUGUAGUUCAAGGUGUUUCCUGAUUGGGGCCCUGGACUAGGUACCAGUGAGAAAGAACAUUGCCUUAUUUAUUGUUGUAUUUCAUAACUGUGGCAGGUGUGAAUUGUGGAUUCAACAGCAUCACAGAACCAAAGGCACCUGCUGAUUGGGAUGUUGAUGGUUCUGGGAAAACAGUCCUGCAUACUCAUCAGUGUAGCUGGAGUUCCACUGAGCCACAAGCUGGACUGAGCUCCCUUUGUGCAGGCACUGUAAAGUGAAAAUUAUAACGUGAAGACAGAGAUUAUUUCCCUUUUUUCUUUCUAAUUCUGACAUUUAAAAGUGACAUUAGGGGCAGACAGGAGGAGGAGGACUGGCUGAAGAGGGCGGGGUGACCUAGACUUUCAUAGCAAUACCUGGAAACCAUAUUUAUUGAGAUUUACUUGAAAUUCUUGUAAUAAUAAUAUCAACACAAUAUUUAUCUUCUUUACAGUUUCACUGUCUACAACUUGAAGGGAGAUGCUUCAUCUGAAAAUUGAACAGAACUAUAAAAAGAUUUGUUGUUGGUAUGAAGAGUUAAGAGAAGAGUGGCUUUUUAGUGACGUCAAAAAUAUCCUCUCAACUGGGAUUGGUAUAGCACAAUUCACGAGGGUCAAAUGAUGGCUCAGUUGUUCAUUGGGUCUUCUUAGCAAAAGUGAAUGCAGUCUAAUACAACAGUCCUGAACGGAUGUUCCAGCAUUGUUGUAGCUGAAAAUCUUUGCAAAUAUGGCCUGUGGUGCUGUUCAAGGUUACUGCAUUAUGUCUGGUGGUGUUUCCUUUUAUUUUUUCCAGCCCUUUCAAAUCCAUGAGGGACGGCUCAAAAACAGAAACACCUCUCUGUGUAAUGCAAUAAAGUUCAAUAUCACCCUCAACCUGCAGCCUUCAAAAUGAGCAUAUAGUUGAAAAGGCCUCUUUAACACACAUUCACUUUUUUCUUGUUGUAUUAGACUGAAAUAUAAUCUAAAUAAGUCAGGUGGAUCCUAUAAACUGGAAAACAAGUGUAGUUUCCUACAUUUGGUCAAAGAAAAUGAAGACAUUGUUUGAAGAGGACGGGAGCAGUGUAGUUUCUGUUAUACAAUGUAGGUAACUAUGACACAGGGAAGUGUCUGUGUUUCACCACUAGUCUCACUGCUCAAAGAACAUCAUGUUACACUUUAAUAACUCUUUAAUGACUGCUGUGCUUCACAGAUUUGUUGCAGUAUUAUAAUGACAGGCAAUUUCAAUAUGAUGUUAAACCUAAAAUGCUUCAGGACCUUUUAUUUCUCAGAUGGCUUUGUGUCACGAUAAUAAUCAUAAUUCAGCACAAUUUGCUAGUCUCCUCUGUUUUGUAUUAGGAACACAAACAUGAUUAGCCUAUAGAAUAACAGGGCAUGCAAUAAAUCAGGUUGCAUUUUAUGAAGGCUUUGAACAAGCGUACACAAGAAUAGACUGUAAAUAUUUCAUUAUUAAUUAGGAAAUAUAGUGUCAAAGUAAAACUGGUAUUCGAUAUUUCAAAAUUAAAAGAUAGCUGUACUGUGGUUUUAUGGCUAACGUACUGACAUUUUUAACAUCCAUGAUAAGUGGGUGUGGUUUGUCACCUAAAAGUUUUCUACACGUAACUGAAGGGGGGAUAUUUACUGUGGGCUGUUGGUGAAGUUGAUGUAUCAGAGCAGGUGAAGUGUUGUGCGAUGCACUCUUUUGACAAUCUAUGUCUUCCGGUAGAAAGCGUUGUAGAUUUUUAAUAAUCGUUGAUCUGCAUACUGUAUAUAUAUAUAUAUAUAUAUAUAUAUGAUCUACGAAUAGCCAGGAACCUGCUGCGCCAUUAAUACAAGUGAUUUUUCUCAUAUUGUGUCAUUUUGCAAUAAUUUGGCUGAAGGACUUUUAAAAUCAGACAUCCAUAUUAUACAUCAAUAGUUUUUAACUAAACUAAACAUACAGUGGUAGGUGGCAGUAUAGAUUAUUGGAUUAUUUAUUCAAAUGUAUCCGUUUAGAUUACAAAAAAAUACCCAACAAGAGACUCUGAUGAGUGUACAGGAGCCUUAAAGUAUGUAGAACUUUUUUUUCUAUUUGAACUUUCUGCUGACGGAUAUCAUGUCAUCACCCCCAUCAUAUCAGAAGUGGACAGCAUCACUCUUCGCUGGUGUUUAGUGACUAUUAAAGGAUAAUAUGAGGGCACGGUCACUCCCAUUCACUUCCGAUGAGCGCAAUCGAGAAGGGGAAUAAAACAUUUGCUGCUUGUAGUGAGGCUGAUCGCAGUGUGGCUUUGAUAUUCGCUUCACAUUUGUGUGACCGUGCCCUUACUCUGAAGUUCAACCAAUGUCGUUGGAUUCCAGUGAAACACUAGGCACCUGGGGUCCUGGUUGCAGGAGAUAGAUAUCAGUGAAAUCAAAAGCCAUGUGUGGUGAAAGACAGUGAUGGUGCAUAUGAUCGGGACUUUAACGCUUCUUCCUGACUUUUUCAGCUGUUCUUCUUGUAGGUUCAUGCCUUGUGUUUCAGGGCCUCUACAACGCUCCCUUAGCCAAGUGUAUCUGUUAUAAUUGUAAAACAAAAUAACUUUUCAGGUGAAGCGUGCAAAUACAUGGGCUCAAAUAUCUGAAUUUUAGUAUCCCGUAUGUGUACAUAUAUAGAUGUAUGAAUGUGUGUGUCUGAUAUUCUUAAGUGCCUCUUUUGUAUUUUUUACGUUUAUCUGUAUGUUGAUGUCUUUCCCAGCUGAUUUCCUGUACGUCUUGUUUUUUGUACAGCAUUUUGAUAAUUAUUACAUUAUUGUCUUCAUUCUGGUCAUAUACAGUGCUGUAUGAGUAGAUUCAUGUGCAGUCCGAGCAGGAAUAGUUAACAAUAUAUAAUACUUGAGAUUGUUUGUAUCUGGCUUGUUAAUAAAAUGUGAUGGUUCCAUAGAA